AUGAUUGAUAAUGGAGGUGCAUCAGGCUUAGGUUUUGGUUUAGGAGAGUGCAUUAAUCUCUCAAAUUUGAUACUUGAUCUAAGAUCGAAUGAAAUUGGUGAUGAAGGUGCAUCAGGCUUUGGUUAUGGUAUUGGAAAGUGUACUAAUCUUUCAAAUUUGAGUCUUGAUCUUAGGUAAAAUAAAAUUGCUGCAAUUGGUGCAUCAGACUUAGGUUCUGGUCUAGGAAAGUGCACUAAUCUAUCAAAUUUGACACUUAAAUUUGAGUUCAAUAAAAUUGAUGAUAAAGGCGUCUCAGGCUUAGGUUCUGGCUUAGGAGAGUGCACUAAUCUCUCAAAUUUGACUUUUUCACUAAUGUAGAAUUAAAUUGGUGAUGAAGGCUUGUAAGGCUUAGGCUAUGGCCUAGGAAAGUGCACUAAUCUUUCAAAUUUGACACUUGAACUUUAGUCGAAUUUUAUUGGAAAUGAAGGUCCAUCAGGCUUAGUUUCUGGUUUAGGAAAGUGCACUAAUCUCUCAAAUUUAACCCUUUAUCUAAGAUCGAAUUAGAUUGGCGAUGAAGGUGCAUCAGGCUUAGGUUCAGGUUUAGGAAAGUGCACUAAUCUCUCAAAUUUGACACUUGAUCUUGAAUCGAAUUAGAUUGGAGAUGAAGGUGCAUCAGGCUUAGGUUCUGGUUUAGGAAAGUGCACUAAUCUCUCAAAUUUGACACUUGAUCUUUAGAGAAAUAUGAUUGGCAAUAAAGAUUCCUCAGGUUUAGGUUCUGGUUUAGGAAUGAGCACUAAUCUCUCAAAUUUGACCCUUAAUCUAACGUAAAAUAGAAUUGCUGCAAUUGGUGCAUCAGACUUAGGUUCUGGUUUAGGAAAGUGCACUAAUCUCACAAAAUUGGCACUUUAACUAAGGCUUAAUAUGAUUGGUGAUGAAGGUGCCUCAAGUUUAGGUUAUGGUUUAGGAAAGAGCACUAAUCUCUAAGAUUUGACACUUGAUCUUUAUGGCAAUUAAAUUGGUGCAAUGGGUGCAUCAGGCUUAGGUUCUGGUUUAGCAAAUUGCAUUAAUCUCUCAAAUUUGUAACUUAACAUUUCUUACAAUUAAAUUAGUGCAAUGGGUACUACAGGCUUAGGUUCUGGUUUAGCAAAUUGCAUUAAUCUCUCAAAUUUGGCACUUAACCUUUAGUAAAAACAAGUUGAUUCAAUUGGUGUAUCAGGCUUAGGUUCAACUUUAGCAAAUUGCAUUAAUCUCUUGACACUUAUUGUUAUGAAAAAAAAACAAAAAUGCUUUUGA